AUGUCAUCGGCAGCACCUGAAUCCAAUAACCCAAAAUAUACAUCAACUACAACCACAACGGCUACACCACCAAUACAAUCCUCAUCUUCAGUGCCACAGUUAGGUAAUAAUUAUGAUGAGGACACAAAUCGUACUAUUGACUCAUCUUCACCUUCGCACAAUACCAAAUCUACUACACCCAACUCCACGACCCAAUCAGAAUAUGAUCCGUUUCUAGGUUUGUCAUUCAAAGUGGGAGUGGCUGAGAAUAAGAACACGACAUUUAGAAAUAAAAUGGAAGAUGUUCAUACCUAUAUUGCUAAUUUUGCUGAAAGAGUAGACUGGGGAUAUUUUGCGAUUUUUGACGGCCAUGCCGGUAAAGACACUGCACGUUGGUGUGGUAAUAACUUGCAUACUUUAUUAGAGGAAGAAAUUGAAAAAAGUAACGAUAAUUCUAGUAGUCCACCAUCGACUCCAAUUACAGGUAAAAAUGAUUUAAGAGAUGAUUUGUACAAAUGUUUUGUUAAAGCAGAUGAAUUGAUCGAAAAAAGUGGACAAGGAAAAUCAGGAUGUACUGCAGCAGUAGCUGUUCUUCGUUGGGAAAGUAGUAUUGAUGAACCUGUAGUGCAUACAAAAACAGAAAAUGGUGGGAAGUUUGAUUUUAAACCAACUGAAAAUCAUAAAAGAAUGUUGUAUACUUCAAAUGUUGGUGAUCUGCGAAUAGUACUUUAUCGUGCGGGGAAGGCGUAUCGAUUGUCAUAUGAUCAUAAAGCUACUGAUAUUCAUGAAAUUAGUAGGAUUGAAGAUAAUGGAGGUUUGGUAUUGAAAAAUAGAGUAAAUGGUGUGUUGGCAGUAACCAGAUCUUUGGGAGAUACAUACAUGAAACUGCUAGUUAUCGGUAUUCCUUUUACUACAGCAACGGAAAUUACACCAGAUGAUGAAUUUAUUAUUAUAGGAUGUGAUGGUGUCUGGGAUGUAAUGUCAGAUUCCCAUGCAUGUAAGGUAGUACUGGGUUUAUUCAAACAAGGAUUAACUCCUGUACAAGCUGCUAAGAAACUCUGUCAACUAGCUAUAGAAUUAUCAACAACGGACAAUGUCACUGUAAUGGUGAUAAAACUCGACAAGGACGUUUUUGCUUGA